AUGUCUGGAGGUCUUUUUGGAGCUUCGUAUGGUAUCAUUAGUAUACGUCGAGAUUUGUUCUUGGACCUCUUGAUGUUGCCAUCGGACAAAUCACCUUUUGCUGCUCGUGCAAGAACCAUUUUGAUGGAUAAGAUACCGGACAAUCCAUUUGUGCAAGAGUUGAAUGAGAAGUUUAACAGGUCAACGGCUGCUACUGACUCGUGGAAUGACGACACUAGUGCAUCUGAAAGCUUUGGUUCGAAGCCGUCUAUGCGUCUACCCACGACGCCUCACCGUUUUGACAAUGGAAUUUCAAGCAGCACUCCACCAAUCAUUGGUCUGGAUACACCACGUAGCAAGAAAGAUUCUGACGAUGUAGCAUUUGGAGAGCCAAACGACAACGGAAGGCACUCACCCUUUAUCUUUGGUCCAAAGCCUUUGACGGACGAUGCUUCCGACUUUAAAGACCGCAAUACGCCACUGCCUCGUGACCCGUUUGAGCAUUAUACGCGGGAUUCUGGCCGCUCUAAACCCGACGAGGAUUCUCCACCACUGCGUCAUGAUGAAGACGAAUAUUUUUUUGAAGAAGCCGGUGAUUCGAACAGUGCCGUCAAACCUACCACUUGGGAAGAGAUUCGACGUCGUGCUGCAGAGCGUCACAAGUAA